CAUUUCAGGUUUUCUUUUCUGUCUGUUUUAGUCACAUGAUACAUGCAGGAGUUAGUGCUUGAUUACAUAGCCAUUGUUUUUGAUGACUUUUGAUGGUCUAAGAAUUUUUUCCACAAUUGCAGGUCAAUGACUGGUACCUGUGGUAUUUACUGGCAUCAAUAAGGAACUACUUUUACCUCUGCCAUUUUGCCCAUUGUAUUUUAUUCAUUCCCUUGUGUCACUUGCGGUUGAAUCAUUUAUGUGUCAAAGUAUCUGCCAUAUUACUUUAUAAGAGGUUUACUCACAAUUAAAAUCAACAUAACUCAUUCAGUUUUACACCAAUUUUCAUGUGGUUUGGUUUAUUAUUCAUACAGACAUGAAUUAAUGAUGCUGGGUUGUAUUAAAUGUCUUUAUCUACAUGUACUGUACUGUGGUUAUACUUACUCAUUCAAAGGUCUUUCUUUAAAAACUGCUGAUUUUGAAUGUGAAUGAAUUUAUUUACAGUAAAAAAUUCCAAAUGUAAACAGUGAAGGUGUGGAAUUAAACAUUAACGAUAGUCCCAUCAUUGUCUUAUAUGAACACAGAUCACAUUAGUCUAAAUCUGAAAUUUAAUUUGACUAAGUUGCAAAUCUUCUUCCAUUGGUUUCUGUUUUCACCUUUGUGAAGAACAGGUUUUGUGACUUUUACUCCACAACAGGGUAGUUCCAUUGACUAUUUCAACAUUCAUUUCCGUGUGCUAACAUUUAUGCUUCGUUUUUGUGAACCAGGUUUUUGUUGUGAAGAAAUUUUCAAGAAAAACAUGGACAUUUUAAUUUUUUAUCUAUUCAUGCUUUUUUCUCCUUUUGCUCUAGGUGAUAACUAUUUUCAGUCCCAAGGCUGUUGUACGUUUGAUGGUCCAGGAUGGGAACACAUGGAGUAUACAGUCACAUAUUUUUAUAACAAGAAAUUAGUGAUGUUGUACAACAGCACAACUGGCAACUACACAGGAUUUACAAAGACUGGAAUUCACGUGGCACAUCUCUGUCAGAACGAUCCCUACGAACAAAUAGAAAAAACAUUUGAAAAGGACUUGAUGUGCAAACACAACCUACAUGCAGUCAAAGACUUAGGCCACAUAACAAUUGCACCCACUGUCAAAGUGACUCGAGUGAUGCACCCUUCAGUGCUUCUGUGCAGCGCUUAUGAUUUCUAUCCAAAACAAAUCAGAGUCAUGUGGUUGCGGAAUGGACAGGAAGUCGUUUCUUCCACUGAAGCAAUACCUGAUGGGGAUUGGUACUACCAGAUUCAUUCCUAUCUGGGGUAUACCCCAACUCCUGGAGAAACCAUAAGCUGUGUGGUAGAGCACGCCAGCCUCCGUGAACCUCUGAUUCUGGUCUGGGACUCCUCUCUUCCCAAGUCACAAAGGAUUAUAGAUGGUGUGGGAACAUUUUUCCUGGUCCUUGGUUUAGUCUGUAUGAGCGUUGGAUUUAUCUACUACAAGAGGAAGUCUGCAGCACCUUUGACACUUUGUCAAGGGCGGGAGAUGGUUCCUGUUGAGGUCGUUCCUGUGGCUGGAGCCCUGUAGUCUGCACAUACAUAGUGGCUUUAAUGACACUCUGAAAAGAGAGGAGGCACACACAGUUGUGUUGUACUUACCUGAACAAAAAACACAAGCAAGUUUUUUUUUUUUUUAAGCAACAGCAAUAACUUAUAAUAAGACUGUAUAUAUGUUUUAAAGGGUGGCGUUGCAAUAUAACUCAGUAAAGACAGCUAAAAAAACACAGAACGCAUAUCACCUGAAUAAUUGUUGCCUUGACCUAUGACUAGGGAUGGGAAUUGAGAACCGGUUCUUUUUGAGAACCAGUUCUCAGUAGCUCAAUUCCUUGGAAUCCUUUGCCUGCCUACUUAUUGAGCUUUGUUGCACAUGCGUGAUGACAUCACACAUACGCUGCAUUGUUUUGGUUUAGAACAUGGCCAACAUGGCAUUGAGGCAGAAACACUCCAAAGUAUGGCUAUAUUUAACGUGAAAAGAUGACACC